AUGUUUUUUUAUUGUCCGAAAUCCGAAGAAGAAAUCGAAGAAGCAGCCGAUGCUGUGGCUGAACUGCAGCGUGCUCCAUCUCCAGUCGAAAGUGUUAAAGACACACGGCCACCUUCACAAGAGGACCUGCUAACUCGGCCCGAAGAACUAUUCACACCAGUUCUAAUCGACGUGGAGCCUCCUGCUCCGAUCACAGAGCCAAUAGAGAUCCGACAAUCGUCAAGGAGUCACUCAUCACGCCAUAGCUCACUCGAAACGCCGCCGUUGAAAGCCGAGAAACUCCGCAUAUCGCCCUCGCCACGAGAUCGUCAUCUGUCGUUGGAUCGACAUAUGGAACGUGCUCACAGUCUUAAUCCACCGUUGCGUUGCCCAGGUGAUUCGAGGAUUUCACCACGGCUGGUUCCAUCACCGUUUCAUUUCGACACCGUUCCAACAACACCUCAGCGACGCCCCAUUGACGAGCCGAUACGUACCGAUUCAAACCCUUUUAAACAGUAUUAUCGGCCGUCAGAGACGAAGAAUGGCAUGAAAGGGACCAGAAGUGAGGUGAUUCGGCGUAGUGAUGAGUCGAUGCUGUCAUUAGCCACUUGCGGAACUGCACCAAUUGUUGCAGCUGAGAGCGUAGACGAUUUGGAUACGGAGGUGUCGAUCCUGAACGGAAAUUUGAGGGAUGAUGGAUCGGGGUGA